GAAUCAAUGGAGAGAGAGGAAGAAGUGAAAAUCUCCGACCAAAUUGGUGAUUUUGGCGAAGGAGAUGGCAUUAAAGUCUCAUGCUUCACUGAAAUUACUCUCCAAAUCCAAAUCAUUCGUCUUGCGAAGCAGAUUUAUGUUUGGAUCGGUUGCAAUUCCGCCAAAUUUGGGAACUCAUAUGCAGCCGCUUCAACGCGGCCGUUUAGUUCAGUGGAAAAUUUAGGAUUUCCAAUGUCUAAUUUAAGCAAUACAGUAAUUGUUGCAUCAGUACUUGGUGGAACAUCUGAUAACACUGGAUAUGGCAUGGCACAUAGAUUAGGUUAUCAACAUCCUUAA